GAUUUGAGCGUCAUCAGCGACAGCGUCUGGCGUACAUCAGCUGCGCACGUUGUACUUUGAGAAUAUUUUGCUCUCCUGUUUUAAACGCAGAAUCCAGAUGGCAAAUGGUGAAGAUGUUGUAUUUUGUCGUGGAACGGGUCAAAGUGACGAUUCUGAUAUUUGGGACGACACAGCGUUGAUUAAAGCUUAUGAUAAAGCAGUUGCUUCGUUUAAGAGUGCAUUAAAAGGAGAAAGUAAUGUGACACCACAGGAGAAAGAUAACCCUGGAAAAAAGCGGAAAAACAACAAAAAGAGCAAAACCAGAAAAAGAUGUAACACAGAGCCUGAUAAAGAGUGGCAAGUUGGAGAUUCCUGCUAUGCAUUCUGGUCUGAGGAUGGCAACUUGUAUGCUGCUACGAUUUCUUCAAUAGACCAGGAGAAGGGCACCUGUCUUGUUAUUUAUACUGACUACGGCAAUGAGGAAGAGCAUAAGAUUAGUGACCUUUUGACAGAAGGGUCAGAUUUGGAUGAAGACGCUUUAAAAACAACAGAUACUAUAGAGGUUGAGUCAUCGACAGAGGAGAGUGAUCGAUCUUUUACCCCACACCAGUCUGGUCCUCAGAAACACAAAUCUAAAGGCAGGUCUCCCAUGGGGCCUCCAGCAUGGGUUCCUGGUUUCCCUCCUGGUUUACCUCCUGGUCCCCCACCAGGACCUCACUUCCACAAGCAGAAGGAUGGCAGACGAUCAGAAAGCCCUGGGCAUGUCUUCCCUGGAUGGCCUCCUAUGAUUCCACCCUGUCCCCCUAUGAUCCCACCACCGCCUCCUCCAAUGAGUCCAGAUGCCUUUGAAGAUGACGAGGCCUUGGGCAGUAUGCUUAUUUCCUGGUACAUGAGUGGCUAUCACACCGGAUACUAUUUGGGCUUGAAACAAGGUCGUAGAGAGGCUGCAGCCUCUAAGAAGUCCCAUCGUAAAUAAAGCAACUAUAAAAGUGGUAACGUGAAGGUGCCAUAAACUUGAAUCAAGACUUCACAGUUUAUUUUUUGUAUUCUUUGUAAAUAAAUGAACUAGAAGUAAA